CGUCACAGCUGUGUUGAGAUUAGACAGUAUGGUAGGGUUCUCUGUUUUGUUCCUGUGUGUACAAUACACGAUCGUGCGGUCGGCUGACAGAAGGAUUCUGCUCAGCGAUCCGGACUCUCUCAAUCGACAGAUUAUUGAUCUCCAAGCUCAAUACGUCCAACUUCAGGCAACCAUUAAUGAAGAAAAAUUAAAAUCGUCAACGGAAAUUCAGCAGCUUAGGGAUACUUUGGCGUCUUUGUCAGUACGACCAGCAGGUGGGGCGACCUUCGUGAGAUGGGGACACAAGGAUUGCCCGGUCAAUGUGUCUUCCCUUGUGUACACAGGGUUUGCCGGUGGAUCUCAUUACGCACAUCCAGGAGGAGCAGCAAGUCCAGUGUGCCUACCUACGGAGCCGCUGUGGGGACAACACAAAGACGCCGUGGAUGACUCGGGUUUUAUGUAUGGCGCGGAGUACGAGGAUCACGGCUUGUUUGGUAAGGAUUCUUCAAACGAAGACGUCCCGUGUGCCGUCUGUAGAAGCCCCGCCCACUCAUCGAUCCUCAUGAUCCCGGGUAGGAACGUGUGCUAUUCUGGUUGGACUGAAGCCUAUCAGGGAGACUUAGCCAGUGGAUAUUAUGCUCAUCCAGCUCCUUCGGAAAAUGUCUGUAUGGACCAAUCGCCGCAACCAUUGUUCGGCGGUUCUGCGAAUCAAGACGGGAAACUCUUCUAUGGCGUUCGCAGUGUUUGUGGAUCCCUACGGUGUCCACCUUACGAGAAUAACAAAUUCCUAUCCUGUGUGGUCUGUCUGCAAUGAUUGGUAUUCACCUAUUAAAAUU